CAGAUCGAUCGCUGGUUGUAAUGGGCUUCAGGUUGUUCAGUGGCUGUGAGGGGAAAGAGGCUUCGCUAAUUGUUUUGUUUCGUCCGUAAACACGGUGUUCGCGUGUCCCCGGCUGCUUGUUGACCCUGCAGUCACUGUGGGUCGCCUGCCGCGUGUAGUCAGUUGAGUGCCGGACACUCCAGGGACCGAUGUGACGAUUUUACUGGACGCUCUGUACACCUCACGCUGGUGACAGGGAUACACUGUGCCAUAACGGCACAGAUGUGGGAAUAAUACUGAUUCAUUCACCUGGAGGAAAUACACAACUUCGUCAGCUGUCAUUAUUAGAUUCGACAUGGACACACCCGCCCUGUUCUAUGGAAAUGGUACGUAGGAAAUAACUAACGCCUGUUUUUGACCAAAGUUCUGUGAAUUUCUGGAAUCAACCAUUCCACACGAUCUGUUUAUUUGUCAUGUCAUGCGUAAACUGAAUCGAAAUCGUGACUGCUAUACAUUCUUGCUGUUAUUGACACAGCAGCUAGUGUGAGCAAAACGUUGUUUCAGUUGCGCUGUCCUCGGCAUCUACAGCAACAGGUGCGAGCUGCUGUAACACCUUGCUUUUGUGCUACACGUGACCUCCAAUGCCGAGAUCAAAGACGGCCGCCAGGUGAGACCAGAUAGACUUAACUGGAACAUGCUACUUGGGAUGAAUGUCCGGUGACGUGGUCAGUCCGGACACACGUUCACCGCGGGGAAGCGACUGCGGUUGAGAACGUUGCACGUGUAUGUUACAGAAUGUAUCACGCUUCCAUGUAGCAGACAACAAUUCAAGGUUUGGAUAGCAGACGUCAGUUGUACUUUACUGUUUUGUGCGGGCUACGUUGCAGCAGUGAUGCUACCUACCUGUUGCUAGCAGACGACAACUGCCUCAACACGGCAGACGACAGGUAGGCAAGGAUAUCAGACGUUCAAUGGAAAGACUUCCAUCGACCCCUGUGUGACAUGUUCCUCUAUCGUGACUUUCAUGCUUAUGUUAUGACACGAGGGGUAGACGUCUCGACAAUCUGAUGACAACCAUCUUCUGAUGACUUUCCGACCAAUGUGAUAAAACAAUUCACCUCUGUCUAAACCGAUUAAUAUCGCGUGGUGUCUGAUGCCGUUUCUCCAUAUUCCGGCACGUGACAGGUGAGCAUCAAGCAGACGACAGUCAGAUUCAAGAACGGAUUUGAUGAAGCGACAGAGGAAUACAGAAGACGCAGCGCUUUCGUGUCCUUGAAUCAGAUAAAGGGAUGACAAAAUCGGAAUUACUGAAACACCAAGUAUCAUCCUGGGAUUCAAUUUCAACAAAGUAUCUGGAGUAUCGUAUUCUGGCUUUGGAUUCACCGGGUAAUUACAAGACAAGCGGGUUAUAACUGAUAUCAAAUCCUCAUUAUUUUGUGUCAUCAUUUCCGGAUCUGCUCCGGACAUCAACACCUAGCGACGAGGGUGUCAGAUAUUGUCGCUGCAGCUGAAGUGUGUGCUGGUACUGCCGGUGGAGUGUGUGUUGUUACUGACGGUGGGGUAUGCGCCCACCAGCUUACUAUGUUGUAGACUUCGUGAUAUUAGUGUUAAUCAUUACCGUCAACACGUGAUGGCGACAGCUGCUUCUAUACUGGAUGCGUAUAGAACCAGGUGAUUCGGUUGGCCUGACCUCGUUUACUGAGUAGAAGUAAUCAUCAUCGAAACAUUCCUCCGUGGUUUACAGGGAUACACGAAUAGAUCAAUGAAAAUAUACCCCGACACAUACUUGUUUAAACAUCGAUGCUACUGUGUCCAAAACGAUCAGGGUCUGAAUAUGUUUACUGUUUAUGAUUGUUUCUGUUCGUUGUGUAAGUGCAGCAUAUGACCCGGAGACUCGACACCCGUGUGACAGAGGAUGUUCCAUGGCUUGACUUCAAUGGUGUAGUCCACAUCUCCAUCUAUGCAGACCCAGAGACAUUUGUCGAUGUCCGCGGACAAUGGUUGAGUACGGCGUGGCGAUCGCGUGGAUGGUGUUGUCGCCGGUCGCCCUGCUCACGUGUGUCGUGGCCGUGGUCGUCAUCGCUCACUACAGACCCUUCUUCCACGGCACCGACCUGUGUUUGAUGUCCCUCCUCGCCUGCCUGAUGGCCAACGUCAUCCUCCUCAUCCCCAUCCCAGGGGUCAUGACCUUGCGGGGAAUCCCCUGGUCUCAGCCGCUGUGCUACUGCUACAUCUGGCUCAGCGUGACGGUCAGGGUGGCGGAGAUCCUGAGUGUCCUCUGUAUGUGUGUCCACUGGAUGACCAUGCUACGACUACCGUCGGGGAAACAGGUAUACGGGUCCACCAAGGCCGUUAAGGUGUACGUGGCCAUCAUGUGGCUUCUCGCGGCCCUCAUUGGCAUCAUGCCGAUUAUAGGUGCAACUGAAGAUGGAUACUCGACCAAAGGAACUUGCUUCUUCCUGCCGCAUGACCUUGGCGUUAGUUUCGCGUUGUUCUUCAUCAUCCUCAAUCUCUGUUCCAUCGUGUUGUGUCUUAUCUGCACGUCGGACACGGUGGUGUUGUUGCGGUACAUGCGGCGUGUUGCCGUGGUCAAGUAUCAAGCUGGGCGUUUCUACCUUCCGUCAACGUCAGCUGUAGCCAAGACGGGUUCUCAGACGGUGCACGCCAGGUACAAUGAGUUGACGUUCUCUUCCGACUUAUGUCGACUGGUUCUUGCUGUCGUCAUCGCCACCGCAGCCAUCAACCACAUUCCGUUUACGCUAAUUGAGUUCAGCCAGCUUGUUGAGAAACCAAACAGAGCUCUUGUCCAGAUGGUAGUGCAGUGGUUGUUGCUGGUGCAGUCGCUCACGUUACCGCACGCAUUCUGGCUCAUCAGCAAACGCUACAGGCACGCGCUCAUCUAUACGUGGAAGGUCUACGUUCUCCGAGAUUCUGCAGCGGAAGAAGAAGAUCCUUCUGCCUGCACACUACAGUCUUACACAAGGAAGGUACGGGACGUGGACGGUCAGACUGUCCGCGUGGCGUCCAGAGCCCCGGGCAGACAGACAGCAGUCGUCACCGACAGAGGCAACUCCAACCACGUCGCCAACGGACAAGCCGUCAGGGCUAAUGGCAACGUCAUACAAGGGGCGGUAAACCACGUGCAUGGUGAUAACAGAAAUGGCGGCAUGUUGGAAAUCCGGACAACAGAUUUAGAUGAUGGGAUGAUUAUUAUGACAAAUCACAGCGCUAAACACGGCGGUAACCACGACGUGACGUCACGGCAGAGUGAUAGUGGGAGGAACAGUAUGAGGGAGUCAAGUCCCGCCAGCCCGUCCAAGUCCCUCCUGUCAACCCCGGUAAGGGGGGACGACUUGAGGCGGACAGCGUCAAGUUCCUCCCGUGUUGAAUGGAAGGAACAGAUGAGACGCAAGCAUCUUCCUGCCAUAUUUGUAAAUGAAGCUUUUGACGGAGACGAGGUUCCGUGUGAAAAUAAACUGGCUUCGCCCAAACGGGUUGAGCCGCGUGAGAAGCGAAAAACCGGAAGUGAUGUAAGUCUUUAUUACAUGUCAAGUGACUAUCACCAUGACAGCCUGACAGACAAUAUGCCCCGUAUUCGCCACCAGGAGAGUGAAAGUGAAGGCGCCAGUUACACCUACGGUGACGAUGACAUCGACAACAUCCUCGACACCCAACACACCGCCGUGGCCGACACUAGCAUGUCCAUGGACAUGAACGAUGCAUUUGAGGAAAUGUUAAGCGGAGUUACUUCAGACUGUGUUGGUUUGGAGGAGUUGACCAAAGAGAGUACUACAGACCCGGAGCAUCAUGUUUCCGGGCACGUCGAUGUUGAUGUAGUGCCUGUUGGUGCGGUGGAGCAUUACGAAGAGCCAGGUACUCCCGGAAGUGAUCAUUCGAUAACUCUGGAGCCAUACCGAGAGGAGAGACGUCCGCCCUGGAUGGACGAAGAUGAUCUCUCACCCAGGUCUGGUGAGUCACUAAACACAGCUUAUCCGGACGCUUCUGGCAACCCCAAUGCUGUACAGUUUGGGACAGACAUUGACAAAGGUUUUGAAGAAGCUCUAGCUUUAAACUAUGCCGCGGGCUAUGGACCAGGGGGAUUAGGGCUGUGUUUCGAAUCCAUUAGAGAGGAACCUGAAGAGACUGUUAGUGAAGGUGGUACGGAGGCUGACGCCGCUGCAGGCACUGUGUUCAAGACGCAAGCCGUUGUCUCGUCUGGGUCGUCCUCCGGAGCAAGCUCUAUCUCAGAUCGUCCUGGACUCGAUGACAGCCGGUCUGACACCAUACCGCUCAACGGCGUCUCUGAACCUAUAGCCGAAGAAUGUUCCGAGGAGGAGUUAGAGCAGUACGAGAAGAAUUAUAAAGGCCCCUUAACAAGCUUCGGCCGCUUCUAUAACAACCCGACAACAGAGAACGUCAACGGACUGACACCUUUCAGGACGUUUGGUUAUUCCGAGGAUGGCCCCCCGGCCUCUCCUCACUAUAACGCGAAUAGUGUGGACCAUCAAGUGUAUAAUAAUAAUAGUGACCGUGAUAACCACGCUAACCAAGAGCAUUUAAAACCAGUAGAACAUAUCGACCACAAUGAUUCCUUCUACUCGGAGCAUGCCCCAGAACAGACCGGUGCCAGACAGAGGUUCACGUUUUCUGAAGCCAAUGGACAAACUGGACCGGACGAUCAGACUUAUUAUUUCGACGGUAAAGAUGGCGCCUGGUCAAGUCCUGACGUGCCGUCUCCCAAACCUGGUAUUCAGAGUCUAGGGCCCUGGCCCGAGAACGAGGAUGACUUACAGGAUUUUGAUAUGUCUUUCGACUCUGAUUUUUCCGAGGUGUCCACUUCAAACAGUCAGUCGGAUGUUAGCAAACCACAAGUCAAUGGGUUCGUGUCAUCCACCGUCUCUAGUCACGCAGUUAAUGGGGAAACACCUGAGACUGAACAGGACGCUGCGUUCUUCUGAUAUAGUUAUGUUAUGUACUACUCAACUUCAGACAGGGUAACUGAGGUACCGAAGCCUUCCUGUCCAAAUAACUUCCAAAUUAUCAGUUAUACGUUCAGUGUGUCAUGAAAUAAUUGGAGGAGCGGGUGGGCCAGUCGUCAAAGGCGUCGCAAUUCGCUGUACAGAGUAAUGUCCAUUUGGAGCAAGAGCAACCUAUGGUAGCGGGUUCGAAUCCCAGAAUUACCUUGAUUAUAUUUCUCGGUUUGUCAGCACCAUACCCGUGUUCGGGGGAAUCACCAAAGUGGAAAACGUCAAAGACUUGCAUUAUUUUGAGCUUUCUCCCACCUCAAGCUGACACACCGUGAUGCAACUGAAAUACUGUUCAAAGCGGCGUUAAAGUAACGCUCAUGACACAAUGGGAACACCCCUAUCAAAACUUGAGUAGUGUAUAGUUACGGUUAUUCAUGACUGCUGCUGAA